AUGGAUAAAGAUUUUGAUCUCGAUUUGGCUUUAACGGUGGUGGGAAUUCCGGACAGCACGGCUGAGGCGCCGCGGUGUUCGACGCUUUCCGACGAGGAUGAGAUUCAAGUUCAAGAAUUUCCUAUGGUUAUAAAUUAUGAAGUUGGCCUUUGUAUAGUAUGCAUGGAAGGGUUUCAAAAAGGUGUUGAUAAUGGCAAACAAGUCCCUUGUGGCCAUAUUUUUCAUGUAAAUUGCAUUACCAAAUGGCUCUCUAUAUGUGAUUCUUGCCCUCUUUGUCGUUUGAAAGUCUCCGCCGCGCCACCUCGUCCUUGUCGGUAA